UAGUGUAGGAUAUAGAAAAUAGAUUUAUGAUAAACGAUAACCUCAAAAUCAGAUGAAUGUUAGAAAACUUGGAAACGAAGAAUAAUGGAUGACUCUCCACCUCGUGUUGCUCCAGAAGGAGAAGAUGAUUUCGAGAUACAAUCGAGUGCGCAGAUGGCAAAUGUGGAUCAUGUAGAACUUGUUGAAAAUUGGGAUUAUGAGGCGAACGCCUCGCAAAACGAUGACAUAGAAGUCGAAAAGAAAGAUGGGCCGUCGGUCCGUCUUAUUCCUGGAUAUGCAACUUUCGAAGAUUACAUUCAAGAUGCAUUUGAUACGAUGAGAACUGGAAUCAAAACAGCUAAUAAUCUGCCUGCCGGAGACAAUUUCAAUUACUAUGCUUGCUUUCCAAGCUUUAAUGAUGCCAGACAGAAAGAUAAGGAGAGAAUACUGGCUACAAUGAAGAGCAUAAUGAAAUUAGUAGGAGGUUCUGGUAACAUUCAAAACCGAGAUAUCGAUGAAAAGUUCGAUCUUUUAUUGGAAACGAAUGAUCAACUACUAGAUCAAGCUAAUAUAUUGAUGGAUGAAGAAAGUGGUAUUCUACGAAAUCCUCAAGUAGAAUUGGUUGUAUCACAGAUGCCAAAACCAGUUGUGAAUGGCACUUGGAAUAUAAAGACCAACCAAGUCUCAGAUAAUUCAGAGAAAGUACGAUUGUUGGGUGGAAAAAAUAUACAAAGACCACAGUUGAUGUUUAAGGAUAAAAUUGAUAAUAGUUCAAAGCCAUGGAUGCCUCGAAUUAAGGAUAAACCAAACUCUCUGAAGCCAUUGGCUCUUCAUGUCGAAGAAGAUGAACAUGGCGAAGUCUUUAAUCACCCUUAUGAAUUUGAACUAGAUAAGUUUGAAACACUGGAAUGUCAGUUAAAGAAGAGAAUACCUGUUGAAUAUAAGUUGUUGGAUGAUACCAAUUUUGUAUUCAUUGAUAAGCCAGCUGAUAUCAACAUUCUUCUAGAAGAUCUGAGAAAUCAUAAAGAAAUAGCUGUGGACUUGGAACAUCACUCUUAUAGAACGUUUCAGGGCAUAACUUGUUUAAUGCAAAUAUCAACGAUACAAACCGAUUACUUAAUUGAUACUUUGAGCCUACGAUCAGAAUUAUAUCAACUGAACGAGAUUUUUACAAAACCUUCAAUCUUGAAGGUCUUUCAUGGUGCUGAUAUGGAUAUUUUGUGGCUCCAAAGGGAUUUGUCGCUGUACGUAGUGAACAUGUUUGACACCCAUCAAGCUGCAAAACAGCUCAACCUACCCUAUCUCAGUUUGGCUUAUCUAUUAAACAAAUAUUGUGGCAUAGAUCCCAACAAACAUUUUCAAUUAGCCGACUGGCGUAUACGGCCUUUACCAUUAGAACUAAUGAAAUAUGCGAGAGAAGAUACACAUUACUUGCUUUAUGUAAAAGACAUGCUGAAAAACGAAUUGAUUGAUGCGGCUAAUGGCAAAAGCAAUAUCUUGAAGGCUGUGUAUGAUCAAAGCACUGAGAUUUGUAAGCGCACGUAUGUGAAACCAAUUUGGACAGAGGAAAGUUGUAUGAACAUGUACAGGAAGAGUCAAAAGUCUUUCAACAAUAAACAGAUAUAUGCGCUUUUAGAAUUGCACAGAUGGCGAGAUCUCACGGCAAGGCAGGAGGACGACAGUAUUGGCUAUAUAUUACCGAACCACAUGCUACUCAAUAUAGCUGAGACGCUGCCACGUGAAAUGCAGGGUAUUCUAGCAUGUUGUAAUCCAAUUCCGCCAUUAGUGCGACAAAACUUACUGAAAAUACACAAGAUAGUACUGAAGGCUAGGGAGCAACCGCUUGUAAAAUCUAUUGCUGAACAGGACAUUCGGCAGAGACCGACACAACAAAAUCAUACGGAUACUGGAGCUUCCUUAUACAUACCGCAUGAUGUACCAAGUGGUACAGAAGCAAGAGCAGAUUUGCCAUGUCUUUUAAACAAGAAUAUUGUGAAAUCAGAACUCUCAGAGGCAAACAAGUGUCAAACCAUCAAGCAUACUAUAACGAUAUUCGAUUCACCAGUUAUAUCAGAGGACGAAGAAACAAAAGGUAGUAAGAAUGGGAAUAAAAAAAAGAUUAUAUUCAUAAGUCCGUUUAUGAGAUACAGAUGUGUCAUACCAAUGGUAAUGGAUCAGGAAGCAAAAGAACGAGAGGAACAACAAAAGAAAGAAGAAACAGAAAAAGAAGAAAAGAGAUUGACUAUGAAAAGCCAGAAUGAAUGUGUAAACGAGACUGAAAUUAACGAGAGUAAAAACAGAGUUUAUGAACAUUUUAAACAAAUAUCUCAAAAAAAUGUACAAGCGGAGGUUCAACUCAAAAAGAAAAAGAAGUCCGAUAGUAUUCUCAAUUUAGUACGUAGACAAAAGAAGAGAAAAUUGGAUACUGGAAAUGAGAGUCAAAAAAAGAACGACGGCAAUGAUUUUUCUACAUCGACAUCGCAUUUAAAUAGUAAAACUGUACAUGUGUCCAAGAAAGCAAAACAAAAAACACUGAAAGUGAUCAAAGAACAGAAGUUGCAAGAGAGUCUUACACAAGUCCAGAGUGAUAAUAGAAAUUCUGUAACAAUUAAAUCGAUAAGAGCUAAGAAAAAAGGUGACAAAAAAGUGAAUGAGGAAAUGUUGAGGAAACAGGGUUUGUUACCAUCAAAAAAAUUCGAUUACAAAUCAGUAGACUUUAGCAGUUUCCAAGGUGGCAGUACACAAAGUAGUGCAAAUCGGACUCAGUUUCAGCAACCUCGACAAAAGAAGAAGGAGAAACGCUUCCAGAAGUGGAAGAAGCAAAAACUUAAUAUAUGAUUAAUAAUAUAAUAUAUGAUUACAACGCAA